AACCAUCACAUUCCAAGAUUUUCUACAAUGCUCACAGUUUUGCUCCUUUUACUCUCUUUUCUUCACAUACGCCACCAUCAUUUUGGCCGUCACAAAAUUAAAUGGCGACCAAACUUGGGUUCAGUAUGACAAGUUCUCGGCUCUUUCAUGCCCCUUUUAAAAGACCAUUUUUUUCUGCUUCACUACCAACUGCUUCAUCUUCUUCUUCGCCGAGGCUGCCAUUGAUCCCUUUUGGUGCCAGUAGAAAGUUAUCUAUUCGAAAAAGGUUGUUGAUUCUCUCCCCUAAGGCCACUACUGAUCAGCCAGGUCAGGUCCAAGAGGAUGAGGACAGUAAAAUUUUGCAGUAUUGUAGCAUUGAUGGGAAGGGGAAGAAAUCUAUGGGGGAAAUGGAACAAGAGUUUCUUCAAGCGCUACAAUCGUUCUAUUAUGAAGGAAAGGCCAUCAUGUCAAAUGAGGAAUUUGAUAACCUCAAGGAAGAAUUAAUGUGGGAAGGGAGCAGCGUUGUCAUGCUAAGUGCUGAUGAACAGAGAUUUUUGGAAGCUUCUAUGGCUUAUGUAUCUGGGAAUCCGAUUAUGACCGACCAAGAGUUUGACAAGCUGAAGUUGAAACUUAAGAUGGAUGGCAGUGAUAUUGUGGUUGAGGGUCCACGGUGCAGUCUCCGUAGUAGAAAGGUUUAUAGUGACCUUUAUGUGGAUUAUCUGCGGAUGUUCUUGCUAAAUGUCCCCGCAGCUGUUGUUGCGCUUGGAUUGUUCUUCUUCCUCGACGACAUCACUGGAUUUGAGAUCACCUAUCUUUUGGAGCUUCCGGAGCCGUUCAGUUUCAUAUUCACGUGGUUCGCUGCUUUGCCCUUCAUAUUGUGGCUAUCCUUUACAAUUACAAACGCUAUCAUUAAAGAUUUUCUGAUCUUGAAGGGCCCCUGUCCGAAUUGUGGAACAGAAAACACUUCCUUCUUCGGUACCAUAUUAUCUGUUUCUAGUGGAGGUAACACUAACAAAGUGAAAUGCACAAAUUGUGGUACGGAUAUGGUCUAUGAUUCUGGCACACGUUUAAUCACAUUGCCGGAAGGAAGUAGUGCAUGAGUUUAGGGCGAUUCUACGUUGGUGACAUCUGCAAACAGAUUGCACUGACACCAAUUGCAUGGGAGAGAGAUCAUAUCAUGGGUAUUUUGAGGGCAAUUUGUAAAAACAAAAACAUUUCCCUAUGUUAAAUGGUGGAUGCUUUGCAACUUGCAGCAUGUCAAUAUGUAGUUAAGUAAUGUAUAUUAUGCAUGUAUAUACAACAGGCAAAAUUUAACUCAAAAAGCACAGGUGAUCAUAUGAAUGUUUUGAAUAGAGUUGAAUUGUUUUUUUUCA